UGCCUCUGCAUUUCCUGUUGGCAGCAGUGAGCAGUGAAAACAGAAGCUGCAGUAGGCAGUGGCCAAGGCAGAAAUAGCUCGCGCGCGAUUCACCCAAGCCUUCCCAGGCCCAAAGUCUAGCUCCUGAUCUCAACAGCUGAUAAAAGCCACAGCUAGGGCCGGAAGCACCUCCGCCGGCCCAGUGCCGAGAGAACCCUUGGAAACCACUCUUCGCCUGGAGCCCUCAGCGGCCCCUGGGUUCGGGCUUACUCCCGGGGGGCGGCAGACCGCGAUGUCAGGACGCGUUCCUAUCCGCGCGGCCAGCCCCCUGGGCGCCUGGCUGCUGGGUGGCCUCUGGGUUUGGGCGCUGGGCGGCCUGUGCGGCCUGGGGACAGCGGGCUCCCCGGGGUCGCCGCACCCGUGCCAGGCGCCGCAGCAGUGGGAGGGACGCCAGGUUCUUUAUCAACAGAGCAGUGGGCGCAACAGUCGUGCCCUGCUGUCCUACGAUGGGCUCAACCAGCGCGUCAGGGUGCUGGACGAGAGGAAGGCGCUGAUCCCUUGCAAGAGAUUAUUUGAAUAUAUUUUGCUGUAUAAGGAUGGAGUCAUGUUUCAGAUUGAACAAGCCACUAAGCAGUGCUCAAAAAUCACCCUGACAGAACCCUGGGAUCCUCUUGACAUUCCUCAGAACUCCACCUUUGAAGACCAGUACUCCAUUGGGGGGCCUCAGGAGCAGAUCACCGUACAGGAGUGGUCCAACAGAAAGUCCGCUCGAUCCUACGAAACCUGGAUCGGCAUUUAUACAGCCAAGGAUUGUUAUCCUGUCCAGGAAACCUUCAUUAGAAAUUAUAGUGUAAUACUGUCCACGCGAUUUUUUGAUGUACAGCUAGGCAUUAAAGACCCCUCUGUGUUUACCCCUCCGAGCACGUGCCAGACGGCCCAGCCUGAGAAGAUGAGUGAGGACUGCACCUGGUGAGCCUCUGAAUGCAGAAGUGACUGCCUUGAACAUCAGCUGGAAACAGAUUGGAGACUGGUGGGGAUGAGAAUCUACACUGGGGAUAGUUUUAGGAUGCUAAACACUGAUAUAAAUUUUUCCCUGUGUCUGACUUUGACUGCUCAGCUAUGAAUACAGGAGGAAAUUGAAUGGAGAACAUGUGGCCUUCUGAGAUGACUACUAGCAUGGCCACUUCAGUUAUUGCUAAGGCAUACUUGGUUUUCUGUGUGCAUAGGUUUCUAUUCAGUGUCAUGGCAUAUGAAGGGGUGAAAGGUUAGCAGGAGCAGUUUGCCUUGGCAGGGAUGAAUAUUUUAAGAACUGAUGGUGAUAAUAAAAUGCAGGGUGAUUUUUGUCAGUGUUUAUUAUUAAGUUCCCUACAAGGGAAACCCCCUGCGUCAUUGUACCAGGAGUCAUCUGUUCCCACUGAUGCUCACCCCCACCCUACGGCAACAAUGCACAAAAUGACCUCCUAAAUUUGACUUCCAGACAUAAGAGCUCUAUGACAUGACCCAUGGACAGAAAUAUUUGGAAGGAAGUGAAAGGCUAUUAUUAUGAAGUAUUAAUUCUUUGAAAGGGAAAAGAAAAAGAGAAACAGAAAGAAGUUUGAAAGCAAGAGGGUUUGGACAAUCAUAAUGUUUAUACUUAAUGAAGCACGAGCCAUGUAUGCUUCCUGUUUUCUAUGCAAGAGUAUUGAUUUAUGUGUGGAAUGUUCACAUUCUUCUCAAUGGACAGCUGGUGUUCUAAAGUAGUGCUGCACCCCUUAUCAGGAGACUGAUACCUCUUAUCCUCCAAAUGCAGGAUUAGAACUCCUUUGUACUCCAACUCCUUUGGUUAUUAACUAAACUAGACUUGCCCUUGCCUUGGCCUUCCUGGGACUGUUUCACAGUCUCUGUUGUCUAUCUGACAUCUGCUCAUCCUUCCCAGGUCAGUUCACACAUGACCUUCUCUGAGAGCUGCUCCCAAGCCUGGAUUAGUUACAUCUUGCAGGUUGAGAAUGCUUUUCUGACAAUACUUAUGCUGUGUGACAAUUUCCUGCCUCCUGGAUGCUAUGUCCCACUGUCCUGGCUAAGAGUCCCUUGAGUACGGGUAUUACUGUUCUUUACUUUUUUAAAUCCCAGUACCAAGCAAGUGCCUGGCACAUGAUCAGUGCCCUCAACAUUUGUAGAGUUAAGAAUACUAGCUUCUGUUUCUCAGUUUCCUCAUCUUUUAAGUGGGGUUGGGUUUGCUGAUCACUGGGUAGACCUUCAGUAAUACAAUUUAUUAUUCUAUAUAAUUUUCCUCUUGUAUUUCAUUUGGCCAUCAAUUUUAGUUACCAAAAUAAAUGUGUGAUACCCAUGUUAUGUUCAUAAACAAUCUGUAUUACUCACAGUUUAUCUAUAUUAAUAAACUAAUUUAAGCACAUCUCAAA